GUUUUAUGCAGACUUUAUGUAACUGCAGCCUUCUCACACGCCCCCGGGCCCCCGGGCACGUGAUUUGUCCGAGCAGACGAGCUCCGUUUGCACACCGGUAUUUUCACUCAAUGGAUCGCGUUUGCUGCCCCACCGGAUGAAGACAUCCACAUGAUCCACCGCAGGCAGGACUUUGUGUAUCAAUAAGUCCCGGCAGCUUCCGCGGGACAAAGUCACAGACCCCCGAUUACACGAUGACAACACUUUCGCAAACAAAGGAAUUCUUCAGGAGGGCAGAGGCUGUUUGUUUCGAUGUGGACAGCACCGUCAUCAAAGAGGAAGGCAUCGACGAACUUGCCAAAUUCUGCGGUGUGGGGGAUGCCGUCACUGAGAUGACUCGCAAAGCCAUGGGCGGCUCGGUGACGUUUAAAACGGCCCUGACUGAGCGUCUCUCCAUCAUCCGAUGUUCCAGAGAACAAGUGAACAAGCUGAUAACAGACCACCCACCUCAGCUGACUCCAGGUAUUAGGGAGCUUGUGGACCGUCUGCACCAGCGCAACAUAAAGGUGUUCCUCAUUUCAGGAGGAUUCCGCUGCAUUGUUGAACACGUUGCCACUCAGCUAAACAUUCCUCUGCAUCACGUCUAUGCAAACCGGCUCAAGUUCUACUUCAACGGAGAGUAUGCUGGUUUUGAUGAGAGCCAGCCCACAGCCGAGAGCGGUGGGAAAGGAAAGGUCAUCAGCAUGCUGAAGGAACAAUACGGACUGAAGACUGUGGUGAUGAUCGGAGAUGGAGCCACUGAUCUAGAGGCCUGUCCUCCUGCUAAUGCUUUUAUUGGAUUUGGUGGGAACGUCAUCAGGCCUCAGGUGAAGGAGCGGUGCUCGUGGUACGUGACAAGUUUCGGGGAGCUUGUAAAAGAACUGGAGAAGAUCUAAAGAUGCUAAAAUAGAACCAUUACUAAUUUUAACAUUUUAUAUUUGCACCUCUGAUGGUUUUAUCCAGUACAUAGUGCGUUCUCUCUCUCUCUUAAUAGGUUUUUUAAUGACAAUGUUUACACCAGUGAGACCAAUUUUACCUUCAUGGAAAUGUUGCCUUAUUGAUUUUUAUACUAGAAGAUACUACAACAAUAACCACACACUUGUCUGUGUUGAUGAUUUUUAGUAUUAUUUGCACUUUUUGCAUCAAAGCUGUUAGUUAAGCUAAUACAACUCCUGCAUAUUAUGGCAUGUGCAUGAGCAUUAGAAUUGUUUUAAUUCUGUAUGGACAUUAAGAGCUGUAACCAGGUUUGUCAGUGAGUGUGGUGACUUCGGCACUGUGAAGAACCUCAGCAUUAAACAAGAACAUGCCGCCAAA